GGGCCGGCGGAGAGCGGCGCCUCGGGGCUCGGCGGGACUCGGCUUGUCGGAGAAGGGGUUGAGCCCCCGACCCCCUUGUCUUCUCCAGUCCAGCGUGCCCACCCCAACCAUGGCCGGAGGGAUCACGGAGCCCGGAGAACUCUACUCUCCCUACGUCGGCCUGGUCUACAUGUUCAACCUGAUCGUUGGCACUGGGGCACUCACCAUGCCCAAAGCAUUUGCCACGGCGGGCUGGCUUGUCAGCCUCAUCCUCCUCGUGUUCCUGGGCUUCAUGAGCUACAUGACCACAACAUUCGUCAUGGAAGCCAUGGCGGCCGCCAACGCACGGCUGUGCUGGAAGAGAAUGGAAAGACAUAAGGAGGAUGAAGUGGAGGAGGAAGAUGACGAUAAAGACUCCUCUUCCGCAACCUCCGAUGAUGACGACCCUCUCGCCCCGGGGAGCUUCGAUAGGUCGGAGACUCGACCCAUCCUGUCCGUGCAGCGACGAGGGCCUCCCUGCGUCUUUGAGAUCACUGACCGGGUCGAGAUGGGACAGAUGGCCUCCAUGUUCUUCAAUAAAGUGGGUGUCAACCUGUUCUACGUGUGCAUCAUCAUCUACCUGUAUGGGGACCUGGCCAUCUAUGCUGCAGCUGUGCCCGUCUCACUCAUGCAGGUUACCUGCAGUGCCGGGGCAGCUGACCGUGGGAACCGGUCCUUGAGCGUGGAAGAUGGCAAGCAACACAACGACACCGACCAGUGCUGGGGCCCUGUCCGGAGGAUUGACGCUUACCGCAUCUACCUGGCUGCAUUCACGCUGCUCCUUGGGCCCUUCACCUUCUUCAACGUGCAGAAAACCAAGUACCUGCAGAUCGUGACUUCCCUGAUGAGGUGGAUCGCAUUCGUCAUCAUGAUCAUCGUGGCCCUGACCCGCAUCGGGCGCGGGCAAGGCGAGGGCCACCCUCCCUUGGCCGAGCUCUCGGGUGUCCGCAACCUAUUCGGGGUGUGUGUUUACUCGUUCAUGUGCCAGCACUCCCUGCCCUCCCUCAUCACGCCCAUCUCGUCCAAGCGCCACCUGGCCCUGCUGGUGCUCCUGGACUACGGGCUCAUCCUGGCCUUCUACAGCCUGCUGGCCUUCACCGCCAUCUUCUGCUUCCGCGGCGACGCCCUGAUGGACAUGUACACCCUCAACUUCGCCCGCAGCGACGUCGUGGGCCUGCCCCUCCUCCGCUAUUUCCUGGGCCUCUUCCCUGUCUUCACCAUCAGCACCAACUUCCCCAUCAUCGCCGUGACGCUGCGCAACAACUGGAAGACCCUGUUCCAUCGCGAGGGGGGCACGUACCCCUGGGUUGUGGACCGCGUGGCCUUCCCCACCAUCACGCUGGUGCCCCCCAUCCUGGUGGCCUUCUGCACCCACGACCUGGAGGCGCUGGUGGGCGUGACCGGGGCCUACGCCGGCAACGGCAUCCAGUAUGUCAUCCCUGCGUUCCUGGUCUACUGCAGCCGCAGGGACGGCCGCCUGGCGGCUGGCAUGGGUCCCCCUAACCGGCACGCCUCCCCAUUCCGACACACCUUCUGGGUGGGCUUUGUGCUGGCCUGGGCCCUCUUCUGUUUCCUCUUCGUCACAGCCAACAUCGUCCUCAGCGAGACCAAGCUCUGAGGUCGGAGCUCCCAGCUGUGACGUAGGGCACCCCUCCAAAUCCCCGGAAGGCCACCCACCCUCCGGACCCGGGGUUCCAGGUGAGACCCUGACCGGAGGGAGAUUCUGGCAUCUGUGGGCAUCUGACUGCCUGCCCUUCCCUACCUGCUGUGGGCAGGGAGGCUGCUCGGGCCUAGGCCACACUGGAUAUGGGUGAGCCCCGCUUAGGCCUGGAGCCUGAUGCCAGCCCUCCAGCUCCCAUUGGACAGCGGCAGCCACCCCAACGUCUAUUUGAAAGCUGUCCCACAGCACCACGAGUCCCCGACCCGAGCUCCCUUCUCUUCAUUUCUGCCCUGCAGGGAGACACAGAUGGGCCUGGGGCCCUGCUGCUCAGGACAGGACAGAAGGCCAGAGCAGUGCUGGCGCUGUAGCUGAUAUGGAUUUAAACACUUCAGUGUGGCCUCUCACCCCUUCCUAACCCCUCUUCCUUCUCCUCAUGUGUCUGUGGGCUUGGGCCUGGCCUUGAUGAAGACUGUGUGUGCCCAUUGGCCCUUGUUGCCUAUCCUUCACGUGCAUAGGGGAGCAGGAGGUGCCAGCAUGCAGCAGCUGGUUCCUGGUGGGUCCCCAUGUCCUCAUUGUGGUGGGCUGGGCUGGCUCAACCCUAGGCCACAGGAACUGACCCCCGGCCUGCAAGGGACUCAGGGAUGGUGGGCCUGGGCAACCGCUCUGCCUCUCCUCACCCCCCUGUGCGAGAGAAGUGGGUUGCCCGGCCCCCACACCCAACCUGCCCCCUCCCCUCUGCUGCACCCUUCUGCCCUCCCCAAAAGGAGGGUUGUGAUUCAGCAUGGUAAUGGUGCUGGGACUACAUGGCUUUCUAACUGACCUUUCGGCCCCUUCCCCUGUGCUACAGUGCUCCUGGAGCUGAGGGGUUGGAGGUGUUCCCUGGAUGGUGCCGUUAGGCCCGGGGCCGGCCGGCAGCCAAGGGGGCUUCGCUGCAUCUGCUGGUUGGAAAAAGGUGAGGGCUGGUGGUCUUGAUCGUGCCUGCUGCAGUAGGGGGUGGGGGAUGCCCCCAGGUUCUCGCCCUCUGAACAUGGAAGUAGCCUGGAUCCCACCCCCAGCCCGAUCUCUGUGGAGGGAUGGGGAGAUCUCAGUCUCUGCCCAGCCCUACCAGGGGUGCUGCCCUCAUCUGGGGCUCGAACCCACUUCCCCCUGCAGUCCCCGGGGCUGCCAGGAGGUUGGGGCCUCGCUCAGCCCGUGCCGUCCUCCGGGGGUGAGGCCGCAGCCUCCUGCCACCGCCGCCGCCGCCCUCCAGCUUCCCCAAAGAACUGGGGUUGUUCCAUGUGCCUUCGGUCCCGGCUGCAGGGUCUCGCCCGGUGUCCGACUGAUCAGUCCCGGAAUGGCCCUGUUCCUUUCCCUCGAUCUUAGUGCCUUGUCUUACGGGCCCCUGGCUUAGGGAGGGCCCGUCUACCAUGCGACCCAUGUGAUGCGCCCCGCCGGCCUAGCACCCCGACCUCAGAACCGCCCUCCCGGGCCCAAGCUGAGGGUCCCUGAAGGGUUCGGGGUGGUAGGGGCCAGUGGGAUGGGAGUCGGGGCUGGCUGCUGGUUGUUGGAGGGAUUGUAGGGUGUGGGAGAUGUUGCUGUAUCACGAUCGGACGUUGCUUCCUCCGACCCGUCUCGCCCCACCCCCCUGCACUAACCUGUGGCCCCUUCGUAACUUGUCUCGGGUGUGGCUUUCUGGGUCACAGUAGAAAUAAACCCCUUUC